CUCGGCUCGCCAAGUCACUCGCACGGGAAUGUAAAAGCACUAUAAAAAGUAAUUCAACAGGCAACACUUUAAUUCUGUCAAUUUCUAGAAAAUUCGGGCACGCAGCACAUAGCAAACCACUAGCCAUCGCGAGAGACCUGAGCGACAAACCGGCAAUUUGUUCAUCGCGUAUUGAAAGUGAUUUUCGACGUCGUGUUUUUCGUGCUUGUUAAUUUGAGAGAGAGCUCCAUUCGUCUUGCAAUUCGACAAAUAAAUAAUUUUGUGUUCCAAUGGCUGCUAUGUCUGUCAUAGGUAUUGAUUUCGGCAAUGAAUCUUGCUACAUUGCUGUGGCAAAAGCAGGUGGCAUUGAAACAAUAGCUAAUGAUUACAGUCUUCGAGGUACACCAUCAUGUGUUGCAUUUUCAUCAAAAAAUCGAAUAUUGGGAGUUGCUGCAAAGAAUCAGACAGUUACAAAUAUGAAAAACACCGUUUUUGGGUUCAAAAGAUUGUUAGGCCGGAAGUACUCGGACCCACAUGUGCAAAAAGAGUUGAAACACUUCCCUUUCAAGGUGGAACAAAGACCUGAUGAUGGAAUUGGUAUCAGAGUCCACUAUCUAGGUGAAGAAAAUGUUUUCAGCCCUGAACAGAUAACCGCAAUGUUGUUUACAAAGCUCAAGGAUAUUGCAGCUACGGCCCUCGGUACUCAAGUGAAUGACUGUGUCAUCUCUGUGCCCAGCUACUUCACCAAUGCUGAGAGAAAUGCUCUGUUAGAUGCUGCUGCCAUCUCUGGGCUUAACGUGCUACGUCUGAUGAAUGAAACCACUGCCACUGCUCUUGCCUACGGUAUAUACAAACAAGAUCUGCCUGCCCCUGAAGAAAAACCUAGAAAUGUUGUUUUUGUAGACUUUGGACAUAGUUCCCUGCAGGUGUCCGCAUGUGCCUUUAACAAGGGUAAGCUGCGAGUGCUGGCCACCGCCACUGACGCCCACUGUGGAGGCCGCGACAUAGACAUGGCAUUGGCUGAAUACUUCUGCCAGGACAUCCUAACUAGACUUAAGCUAGAUGCUAGGAAAAACCAGAGGGCUUUCUUCCGUUUGCUCCAAGAGGUAGAGAAGCUGAAGAAACAAAUGUCAGCAAACAGUACUAAACUGCCUCUCAAUGUUGAAUGCUUCAUGGAGGAAAGAGAUGUGUCAGGCGAGAUGCAGCGCUCGCAGAUGGAGGAGAUCUGUGCUGACACCUUCAACCGAGUCGAGAGGACCCUAAGAUCUAUACUCCACAAUGCUAAACUACGCCCUGAGGACAUCAACUCAGUGGAGAUUGUAGGUGGAUCUACUAGAGUGCCUGCUGUUAAAGCUCUGAUUGAACAAGUAUUUGGGAAAGUUGCUUCUACAACACUUAACCAGGACGAGGCGGUGUCGCGCGGCUGCGCGCUGCAGUGCGCCAUGCUGAGCCCGGCCGUGCGCGUGCGCGAGUUCAGCGUCACCGACGUGCAGCCCUACGCCGUGCGCCUCGCCUGGGACGCGGCGCGCGGCGAGGACGGUGACCUGGAGGUGUUCCCAGCUUUCCAUCAAGCACCAUUCUCUAAAAUGCUGACAUUCUACAGAAAAGAACCGUUCUCAGUCAGAGCCUACUAUACUGACCCCGUGCCCUAUCCCGAUUCGUUCAUCGGUCAAUGGAACAUAAAGGAUGUUCAGCCAACCUCUGAGGGCGAAUCACAGAAAGUAAAAUUGAAAGUGAGAGUGAACAUUCACGGAAUCGUCACUGUCGCGUCAGCGUCGUUGGUAGAAAAGAAAGCGGACGCCCAGAGCGACAGCAUAGAAAUGGAAAACGAGAACGCGAACAACCAGGAAACGCCCAUGGAAACUAACGGGUCACAAGAGCAACAGCAGAAUGGGCCCGAGAACCAAGAGGAAUCUGACGAUAAAAAGGACAAGUCGAAAGACAAGAAGAAAGUGUUAGUAAAGACCGUCGAGUUGCCGAUCGACGCGCGCACCCACGGCUUCUCGCAGCCCGAGCUCAACUCCUACAUGGAGCAAGAGGGCAAGAUGCAGGCGCAGGAUCGGCAGGAGAAGGAGCGCGCGGAUGCGCGCAACGCGCUGGAGGAGUACGUGUACGAGCUGCGCGGCAAGCUCGGCGACGGCGAGGCGCUGCACGAGUUCGUGGAGCCGGCGCAGCGCGCGCGCCUCGUGGCCGCGCUCGACGCGCUCGAGGCCUGGCUCUACGAGGAGGGCGAGGACCAGAACAGACAGGUGUACGUGGACAAGCUGACGGAGCUGCGCACGGAGGGCGAGCCCAUCAAGCAGCGGCGCCUGGAGUUCGAGCUGCGGCCCGGCGCGCUCGACGACUACUCGCUGGCCAUACAGCUCGCCAAGAAGGCCGUCGACUUGUACAAAGCGGGUGACGCGAAAUAUAACCAUCUGACGGAAGCCGACAUGCAGAAGGUGUCGGAGGCGGCGGGCGCGGCGCUGGCGUGGGUGGAGGCGGCGCGCCAGGCGCUCGCGCGCGCGCCGCGACACCUGCCGCCCGCGCACACCACGCACCAGAUCCGCCAGGAGCGACAGAACUUCGAAAGCACCGUGAAUCCGAUCCUCAACAAACCGAAGCCUAAGGAGAAGACGCCGCCGCCCGCCUCCACCGGCGACGGCCAGGCGCCCGCGCCCGAGGCCGCGCCCGCGCCCGACCACAUGGACGUCGAGUGAACCUCCCGCCACCCCGCCACACCGCGACACCUACUCACUACUCAUUCUUAUUCACAGUGAAUAUACUAUCAUUUUUUUAUGGCUCACAUAUUCAGUAUCACCGUGACGAUGUUAUAUUUUCCUACAAUUUAAACCGUACCGCAUGCACGGGGAGCGUUCACGGAGACUACCGCUUUGUCGAGUACCUCACCGAUGUUCCACUGUGCGAAAAUAACAUCUGCGCGCGCACACUAGUCCCUAUUUUAGUUGUAGUGAUGUGGCGUCGACGUCACGUUAGGUCUUAAUCCGAGAUUUUGGACUCAUGGGUGGCCGCAGCGCGGGCUGCUGCGUGCCAUGCUACCUGUGCCUCACUUUUUUAAGAUACAGUUCUGAUGCUAUGCGUGAGCGUUAUAAGAUCUAUCACUAUCACUGUCGGUUACGGCAAAUACCGGCAACUGACAACUCGUCGUUUUAAGUAUGUGACUGUGCUUUUUCUGGUGGAAAGAAUAUCCAUAACCGACAACCUUCUUUCAUAACUUGUUGGAAAUAAUAUACUUGUCUUUAUGAAUACGUGUCGCUUAAUAUAUCUUAUAAAUGUCUAGAGCUGAAAUUAUUGACUCGAUACUAUCCGAUUGGAAUCGAUUUAGAAACGCUGUAUGUAUUAUGUAAUUGUAUUAUAUUACUAAAGAGCGAUUUUUUCAAUGUCUGCGUUGUUCUAAAUUAGUAAAGUUAGCUAAAUUGUAUAUCUAUAAAUUAAAAUGGAGUCUGUCUUGAUAAUAUACUUGUACAUUACAAAAAUAUAGAAUUUAAUGAACAGGUCGAGCCCAGUUUCGAACAAUAUCGUUGCGACGAGCUACAUAACUAACUUAGGGUAUGUAAGGACCACUUCUGUAUCAUCGCGGAGGUUGAGCUGCUAGACUGUUGGAACGACAGCGCGGGUGAAAUUUUAAAGAUUCGCUUGUAUGUUGUAUAGGUCAGAUAUGUGAUAUUAUAUGUAUGUAUCGGUCGAGUUUCGGCUCUCAACAUAGCCACUGAAUAUAGUUCAUAGUAAAAAAUAUUUAUUUUGUAAAUUGACCGAAAAUUUUAUGUCUGCUAUUUAUGCCUCCAUUAAGAGCGAGAUCUGCAGGGUAGGGUAUUAUUGCCAUUGUACCCUUCCAUUGGAGUUCGAUGGCUAACACGAUUUUACAGUAACAAUAAUUCUAUUUGAAGUAACGCUGAAUAGCAUUAACCAUUAAUAUGAUUAAAUUAAAAUUGUGAAUGAAUGUCAUUUGUACCGUUGUUUUGCAGUCCGCUCGUGUGAUCAAUCAUUUAUGUUGUUGACUGUGAGAUAGUUAUUGAAGAAUUGGAAAGUGAGGUAUUGUUUAGUAUGCUCUAAAUAUCGUUUAGCGUAAUUUUAUUUAGUUAAUGGUCUUAACUUAAAAAUGUAACUGGAUUUUAAUGGAUACUAAAUUGGUACUGGUUGAAUUCAGCACGCCACAGCACAGCUUUUCCAAUCAGUACUGGCUUUAGAUUUCCUUUUAACCGAGUUCAUUCCACGAAAAAAGUUACGCGAGUCACCAAGUCACCAUUGCAGUGCGUGUUUUUGUAUUCAUGAUGUAACUUUAAGUGUAAUAUAAUGAGUGGGAUAAAACGAGAGACUCAGAAGUAAACCACUUCAAUUUGCAUCAUGAUAAAACGAAACACGCAAUCAAAUAGUGACUCGCGUUGCUCUUGACGUGGAAUAACCAAGUGCACAUAUAAAGUGGUAAUCACUGAGAACACUCAUGUAGUCUGACACUGCAUUGAAAAUGACGGCUUCGUAUCUAAGUACUUUACAAUGAAGUUUUUGACAAAAAUAUUUACAUAGUUAGUGCAUUUGUCUGUAAUAAAUAACCAUGUUAAGCCAUGGUAACUUUCUUUAAAAUAAUCACUUUGGCUAUGUACUAUUUAACUUAAAUUAAAAGUAGAAUUUGGAUGAAAACCCAUGCAUUGCUUGUUUUAUCAUAUGAUGCUAAGCACGUAAUGUAAUUUCUCGCAUUUAUUUACAAUGUGUUUGGUUUUAUUUUAGAAUUGUUGAACUAGAGUGGAACAAUCCCAGCACGUAGUUCACAAAUUUAAUAUGCCAGCCAGCCCACAGAUGGAGUUGCUCUUGGAACCAUGUACAAAUACUAGAGAUGAUGGUCAGGUAUAUCAACAAAAGCAUAUAUAAAUUACUAUCUACUUUAACUUUUCUAACUUCUAAGAACGUUUUUAAUGAUACAGAGGACCAUCAUACGCUCGCAGGAUUCAAAUUCGUUAUAUGUCUCAUAGCAUUUACUUUCUUAAGUCUUAUUAUUGUGGUUAUUUCUGUGAUGAAAUAAUAGUCAUUAUUUUGUCAAUUGGACUUUUCCUUCCACAUCUAACAAAAUUGAAUACAUGGGAGCUUUAACGUGUCAAAAAUAGAACCACUACCACUAGAGUUCAAUGAGUUGUCGUAUUAUUGGCACGCUGCGAGUACCCGUGUAUGUACGUUGUGAAACCCUGUAAUUUGUAUCUUCGAACAAGUAUGCAUUCAUUAGUACGAGGCGGUUUAACUUUUGUUUUAUACACAUGUUAUAAGAUUAACAUUAGGUGAUUAUUAUAUUGUAAUAAAUGCACAGCAUUUAAUAGUGGAAGAAACCGCAGUACUUUUUUUUUACUAACGUUGCUAAACAUUGCAAUUUUGUGCAUAUUAGUCUGACGUCUUAUAAACGCCGAGAGAGGAGGUCACGUUUUCGCUACCUCUUCUUCUCUUUUAGGUUUUGGUGAGAUACUAUCUCAAUAUUCGCAAUAAGAAUAUUCUCACUAUACAAACCGCCUACAAAAUGUUUAGGUGAUCCUAUUUAAUUAUUUUUGUUAGCACGAGUAUGUUUGAAUGUGUGCUUAAAAUAUUUUUUAACUUAACAUUAUCAAUGUAACACACUGGAAACGGUCCAUUGGCCCAUUAUUUACAUUCUAGCAAAUGGUUCAACCAUUAUAUGUUAUUUUGUGCAUUUUGAAUGUUAAGAGCUUAGUAAAUGAAUGAUUUAACAAUA